GCGGGGUGUGGCUGCGGGCAGUGCGGCGGCGCGGGGCUGCGGUCCCACAACCCCCCGCGCCUCCCGCGGCCCAGAGGAGCAGGCGGCGGCGAUGGGGCCUGGGGGGUGCGCCCCGGCGGUCUGACGGGACAGGGAGCGGGCUCUGGAGAACAGAGGUGCUUCUCAGGCUCUGAUCUUCUCAAGGCCACGCGAGGGAACAGAGAUGGCUUUGCUCAUCGCUGAGCUGUUUCUCUACUGGUGGUCACAGGUUUUCAUUGUUUAAUGGGAGUGACACUUGGGCUGGACACAGCUCCCUUUCUGACAGAUCCAGUAACACCUUUUUCCUGCUUCUAACAGUUGCCAAAGUUUCUCUUGAUUUGAACACACCACCGGAAUGGCCAGCAAAAUCAAGGUAUGCAGGGUGGCCUGAACACACCUGACAAUUGUAGGAUCAACUAGAGACUAAAGUCUUCUCUCCAUGUAACUGGUACAGAAGAGUUGCAGGAAACAACUUCCGUGGGCAAGAAUGGGCUGCCGGGAUGUACAUGCAGCAACAGUACUGGCCUUCCUCAGCGGAACAGCCUCCAUAGCUGGACUCCUUGCAGCAGUUCUGCUCCCAAACUGGAGGCAAAUGAGACUGUACACGUACAACAAGAAUGAGAGGAAUGUAACCGUUUACACUGGACUCUGGAUUAAGUGUGCUCGCUUUGAUGGGAGCAGAGACUGUGUGAUAUAUGACCCACAGUGGUACACUGCUGUCGAUCAACUGGAUUUGCGCGUGCUUCAGUUUGCCCUUCCACUGAGUAUGUUCACUGCUGCCUCAGCUCUGUUUCUCUGCCUGAUUGGCAUGUGUAACACAGCCUUUGUAUCCACCGUGCCAAACGUCAAAUUGGCCAAAUGCCUUGUAAACAGUGCCGGCUGCCAUCUCGUGGCGGGUCUCUUGUUCCUGCUUGCUUGUGCCAUUUGUCUCACUCCAUCCAUCUGGGUCAUUUUUUAUAACAAUUAUCUUAACAGAAAAUACGAGCCUGUCUUUAGCUUUGACAUCUCUGUAUUUAUUGCCAUUGCCAGCGCUGGCGGUCUGUUUUUCACUUCAGUUCUCCUGUUUCUGUGGUACUGCGCAUGUAAAAGCCUCCCUUCCCCUUUUUGGCAGCCCCUCUAUUCCCAUGUCCCCAGCAUGCACAGCUAUGCCUCUCAGCCAUAUUCUGCACGCUCACGCCACUCUGGCAUAGAAAUCGACAUUCCUGUUGUGACACAUGCAUCUUAAGACGCAGUCUUGGAAGCCAAGUUGUUUUGCUUAUUCAAACUGUGAAAAUUGCAGGCUUGAUUCUCUCUGCUGCCUUGCACUGAGCAUAAUCCUUUGUAAGGUGAAGUUUCCAAAGGUGCAAAGCAAUGGAGACCUGAGUGCAGCAAGUCCAUUGCUGUUCUCUUGUGUUACUUCCUGACCAGCUUCUUUUUUCUUUUUUAACUCUGAGCUCACUACAGACAAACUUGCUGCUAAUGCUGGGACAGUGCACUAACAAUAGUAUCCGUUCAUCCUCUGCUUAGUGAGAUCAAAGCGGGUUGCUAUUUGAUAAGCUGCUAUUAGAUUCUGAUCCUGUUGUAGGAGCUACACAGGUUGACCUUUGCACCCACAUGUUACACAAAUGCAGACAGUGGAACUGGGUGCAGGAGGUUCACUGAGUUUCUUGUUCAUCUAGACACACAUUUUAAGAUGUGAUGUCUGAAAAGGAUAUUUGGCAGGCUAAUUCAGUUCUGUAGCACUGGUCUUUGUUUUCCAUUGCACACACAAAAAGCUACCCGAUUAUGAACUUGUGUAAUAGAAUUAGUGGCAAAUUACCUUUUAUUUUCAAAGUAGCUAUCAGAAGAGAUAAAACUGAUUUAACUAAUAAUGUUCUUCUGUACUGUAGUAGCACUUCGUGAAUUACUAGAGGCUAGAAACUUUUUAGUGGAUUUUGCUUCUAGCCUUUUUUAAUAAGUUAGCAAAUUCACUACAUCUUUUUUAUUCAUUAAAACAAAACCCACUUGUAUUUUAAAAUUCUUUUUAGCAGCUUGAAUAUUGUAUUUGAAGGCCAUCUUAAAGAUGGAUUUUAAAGUAGGCUUUAAAAGUGUUAUUCAAUUCUGGAGAGAAAUGUUACUCACUGCAAAAUGGAUUAAGAAAACCAUGAAUUCUGAAGGCUAUGAAAGAUUCUUCUGGAACGCUGUACACAAGCUAAAACAACAUCUCUCUAGGAAGGGGAUUAUAACCCUGGGGAGAGAUUUUUUUAAAUCUAGUUGUUGUUUUUUUUUAAAUGUAUAUACAAGUGAGCCUGUGUAUUUUUCAGGGUUGAUCUUUGUGGUUGUUGGACUUUUCAUGCUGUAGCUUAUUUAAUUACUGAUUAAGACUUAAACUUUUCAGCCUUGUUCUUCAACACCUUUUAAGUUGAGCCAUUUUAAAAUCCAGUUAUUUCUUUCGCUUCCACCCCACAACUGGAAAAAGUUUUCCAUUCCUAUUUCCUGUAAGGUAAAGUUUUGAAUAAUUUGUGAGCUUCAGCUUGUUGCUUUACAAGGAUGAGGAGGGAUUACAAAUUCCCAACCUGGGAUGUCUUUGAAACAUUUUUUUUCCUUCUAAAAUGCAGAGCAGCUCAGCCCUAAGGAUCAAAGCUUUUAAAUGUGGGCAUUGAAAUUACUUGGAAGUUUAAUGACAGGGAGUUGAACAGUGUUAUAAUUAAGGCAAGUAUUUGAUUUGCUCAGAUUUUUGGCAAAUUGAGAUCUUGUGUUUAGGAUGUCAUUCCAGUAAGGAAAGCUAAUUUUGAUUGGUGGCAUUCUGGAGCUUUGUAUUUCAUUAAUCCCAGAACAAAAUUGCUUUUCUGAAAAAAAAAAAAAAUCAAAUAGAGUUCUUUAAUUCCAGUCCUGCAAAUUCAUCUGACGUCCUGAAAAUCAGUUUGUUUCCUUCUCCAUGCAUUAGAAACAGAACAAAUGCUGUGCUGGGCAAAUCUUGUUCUGUUAAUAUACUGUUAUCACGCAGAGUGUAAGAGGCAUCAUUUUGUCUUUACUGGUAGGACAUCAGUGAACUGAGGAGGCUGAUCUCUGUCAUAAAUUCCCAGCAUAGUCAGUAAAAUGACAGGCCUUUCAGGCGGCGUGCUUGAUUAAAUGGCAGUCUAAGGAAUGAACGCUGUAGAUGACAAAGAAUACUUAAGGAGAUGAGUCUCCAAAGUUACAUUAAUUUAAUACCCUUUUCAGUUUACAAGGUAUGAUGUUAGAUGAAGUAUCUCUUUUGUUUUAAUCAAAUAAUGACUUGUAUGGGAUUGGAACAUGAAGCCUGCUUUUUUUUUCCUUAAAAAUUGAACGUUGCUUUACAGUUACUCUGGUUGUCCAGCCUUAGACCCAGUUGCUGUUUCAACUGCCCGUGUCCUCAAAUGCUUUGUCAGGUCAAAGCAAAGGGACCGCUGGUUUGUAAUUUCACGUCAGCUUGCUUCCUUAUCACUCCCAGUGUCUUUUCUUCUUUGUGCCUUGCUUAAGUUAUGAGUUGGCCAGUAAAUGUUAGUUUACAGUCGGUGUCUGGUAUGCUUUUUGAGCCUGUAUUUACAAAGCAUUUUGAUAAUUUUGAAGGGGUGAUGAAUACAUCUCUCAAUUACUUUAAAAGGAGCUGAUUCUUCAACAUCUCCAGAGCAAGAAAGGCAGCCUGGCAAACUGAUGUUUUCUACAGAGAGUAAAUGCAGACAGUGUUUUGUUCUGUAUGCUUUAAAUAACAGAUGUCUCCAACAGCUCUUUUGUAUUCUGACUUUGAUUUUUACGCACUAGACUUUCAAUCAGUAUUUGCUGCCUUCUAAUCUGAUAACUUGUUGCUUUUUAAAUUGUGUCUUUUCAAAAGUCUGAAAUGGAUCUGAGUUAUGAAAAAUGGGGAUCCAAAAGUUAGUGGAUGCCAGUGUAGGUUUCAGUUAAGGUCAUCUUUAUCAAAGAGACUGUGUCAUAUUGCAUCACCAAAGCACAGCUGGCUUUCUUUCAGCAGUGCUGUUAAUGUGAGUUUCUGCUGGAUCCUAAGUGAAAUUAACUGGAAGUGCUGCGUUGUUAUUUCUCCUCCUUUACAGAAGAGGUGGCCAACCUGUAACACUUGGACUGAGUGCCACUCCAGCACGUUUGUCUUGCUAAGGUCACCAUCGUGCCCAGCGGCAGGGCUGGGGGGGGACAGGCCUCUCUGCAUUUGGGGAGAAGAUACGUGUGUCCUGCAUGUAUCUGCUGAGGUGCAGCUGCUGUGAAGCGGUUGCCAUGUCUGCCUCUGACCGGCUGCUCCUGCCUUGGCACUUUGCUGUGUGUGGGACGGUGCUCUGGGUCUUCAACACAGGGAGAUUUUAAUUUGUGGCUCAUGCAGUUAAAGGUUGGGUGCUUGGGGUUACAGGAACCUGUAUUUUUUUCCAAGCAAUUCCUGUCCAGCUUCUUAAGUUGUGUUUAAUUACAGUGGUUCUUUUUAUGUGCAACACAAGAUAUGUAUUUUUAAUAAAACCUUCUCAUAGA